UCCAUCUCUGCACCCCAACACCCAAAUUGACAAGAAAAAUCCAUUUUUUAUCGAAAAAAAGAAGUAAAUCACAGAAACAAAGAGCCGGGAAAGAGAUUUCCGUCUCGCAGAUCUCUUCUUCCUCUUGAUACUCAGAUGACAGUUCUUCCGUCCGGACUCAGCACAAAAUAAUUUCUCCUAGGUCUGGCUGGGGAAUGCGGGUUGUGGUCUUUGUGUCCUCGGCAGCGUAGUUGAAGAGGACGAGCAAGAGAGGCGACGCCGGCUGCCGGCCAGCAGAUAGGCGAAGAAGAAGAAGGGGCGGCUUCGCUUGAGAUUGAUACGGGAACGAGGGAAAGAGAUCUCUCGAGGAGAUGAGCGCAUCAAGGUUUAUUAAGUGCGUGACGGUUGGGGAUGGCGCGGUCGGCAAGACCUGCAUGCUCAUAUCUUAUACAAGUAACACGUUUCCCACCGACUAUGUGCCAACAGUUUUUGACAAUUUCAGUGCAAAUGUGGUCGUUGACGGCAACACAGUCAACCUAGGUUUGUGGGACACCGCAGGCCAGGAGGAUUACAAUAGAUUAAGACCACUCAGCUAUCGUGGUGCUGAUGUUUUCCUCUUAGCAUUCUCUCUUAUCAGUAAGGCCAGUUAUGAAAAUAUUGCUAAGAAGUGGAUUCCAGAGCUAAAGCACUAUGCUCCUGGUGUUCCCAUAGUUCUUGUUGGAACAAAGCUUGAUCUGCGGGAUGAUGAACAGUUUUUUGUAGAUCAUCCAGGUGCUGUUCCCAUCAGUACCGCCCAGGGAGAAGAACUGAGGAAGACAAUUGGAGCCCUCGCAUACAUUGAGUGCAGUUCAAAGACACAGCAAAAUGUCAAGGCUGUAUUUGAUGCGGCCAUCAAGGUAGUUCUUCAGCCACCAAAACAAAAGAAGAAAAGGAAGAAAUCACAGAAGGCUUGCUCUAUCCUGUGAUCAGCAAAAACUUCUAUCUUUUUUUGCUGUUUCUCAUUCCAUUUAAGAAACUAGACCUUGGUGUACAGAAAAAAUACAAAAAAAAUAACUACCUUAGCAAAUCUUUGGAGGUAUAAGAUGGAUUUGUUUUGCUUUCAUCUGUCUUGUUGGUGACCUGCUACCAAAUCUUUCUGGUAAAGAUUGAUUGAUCUUUGAUCAGCUGACUUGUUAUGUCUUGGUAAAAAUAUGACACUUUUUUCUCUAUUUGAGACUAGUUUUUAUACUUUUA